AUGAUCUUGGCGACGAUUAUUGCCAACUGUGUUGUACUGGCCCUGGAGCAGCACCUCCCCAAUGGAGACAAGACGCCCAUGGCCAAGAGUCUGGAACAAACUGAGCCCUAUUUUAUCGGAAUCUUCUGUUUUGAGGCUGGAAUUAAAAUAGUUGCACUGGGAUUUGUCUUCCAUAAAGGAUCAUACCUUCGCAAUGGCUGGAAUGUGAUGGAUUUCAUUGUGGUUCUGAGUGGGCUCCUGGCAACAGCAGCGACACACUUCAAUCUGCGAACCCUGAGGGCGGUCCGUGUGCUUAGACCCCUCAAACUGGUGUCAGGAAUUCCCAGUUUACAGAUUGUGCUCAAAUCCAUCAUCAAGGCGAUGGUGCCCCUGCUCCAGAUCGGCUUGCUGCUCUUCUUCGCUAUCCUUAUGUUUGCCAUCAUCGGCCUGGAGUUUUACUAUGGAAAACUCCACCUCACCUGCUACACCAAUAACACUGCUGAAGAACUGGAGCUGCAGUUCCCCUGUGGAAAGCAGGAGCCAGCCCGGCUCUGCCCCAAUGGCACCGUCUGUGACUACUGGAUAGGACCCAAUGCUGGCAUCACCCAGUUUGACAACAUCCUGUUUGCCCUGCUGACCGUCUUCCAGUGCAUCACCAUGGAGGGCUGGACUACCAUCCUCUACAAUACAAAUGAUGCCUUAGGAGCGACAUGGAAUUGGCUCUACUUCAUCCCGCUCAUUAUCAUUGGCUCCUUCUUUGUGUUGAACCUGGUGCUUGGAGUCCUGUCUGGUGAAUUUGCCAAGGAGCGGGAGAGGGUGGAGAACAGGAGGUCGUUCCUGAAGCUGCGCAGGCAGCAGCAGAUCGAGCGGGAGUUGAACGGUUACCGAGCGUGGAUCGACAAAGCCGAGGAGGUUAUGCUGUUGGAAGAAAAUAAAAAUGCUGGGGAAAAAUCUGCACUGGAUGGUAAGACACUUAAGAGAAGAUCAAUUAACCCUUUGUUUUCAGUCCUUAGAAGAGCAACAAUCAAGAAGGGACGAAUGGAGAUGAUCCAUACAGAAUCGAGUGAUGACCACUACACUGAAAUCUCUUCUGUCGGUUCACCAUUAGCAAGGGCCAGCAUCAAGAGCACCAAGCUGCUGGAGGGCUCAUCCUAUUUCCGCCGGAAAGAGCGCAUGCUGCGCAUCUCCAUCCGUCACAUGGUCAAGUCCCAUGCCUUCUACUGGAUUGUCCUGAGCCUCGUGGCCCUCAACACAGUGUGUGUCGCUAUUGUCCACUAUGACCAGCCUUUAUGGCUCACCAACUUCCUCUAUUAUGCAGAGUUCACCUUUCUGGGACUUUUUCUCUCUGAGAUGUUUCUAAAGAUGUACGGCUGUGGACUGCGACUAUACUUUCACUCCUCCUUUAAUUGCUUUGACUGUGGGGUGAUUAUCGGUAGUAUAUUUGAUGUGGUUUGGACCAUGAUUCGCCCAGAGACGUCAUUCGGUAUCAGCGUACUCCGAGCACUGCGUCUGCUCAGGAUAUUUAAAGUCACAAAGUACUGGGCAUCACUGCGUAACCUGGUAGUUUCCCUAAUGAGUUCAAUGAAAUCCAUCAUCAGUCUGCUGUUCCUUCUCUUUCUCUUCAUCGUUGUGUUUGCACUGCUGGGGAUGCAGCUCUUUGGUGGACAGUGA